AUGAUCGAUACAACUAACCAAACUGUUGUGAGGUCCUCCAACAGGCAUGUCCAAAGACUUAAUUAUGCAGAAAUGAAUAGUAGUGGGAACGGAACAUCCGGAUCAGAAUCAGCUAAUGAUGACGCUGUCUUUCGUUCACCCUCAGCCAGUACACGAGGCCGUAAAAGGAGAGUAGCUUCCGCAGAUGAUUCUUUUAGCAAUACUUCUUCUAUGUCAGCGCCCAAAAGAGGGAGACCUCGUGGUUCCACUCUACUUACAAGAGGAACAGGUAGAGGUGCUGGUAGAAGGAAUGUUGGUGGCCAGGAGUUUAGUGCGGGGGAAGAGAAAGGUUUAUUCGGGGCUGUGAAAUCAGGAAAGCAUCUCGAUCUCGUUGUUGAUGAAUGGAUUAGUGAAUAUGAGCGGGUCUCUGAAACAGCAAUAGUAAAGUUACUCCAGUUUUUUAUUUCCUGUUGUGGAUGCAAAGGAGUUAUCACGAUGCAAAUGGUACAAUGCAUGGAAUUCAGUGAAAUCAUUCGAUGUAUGACGGAAGAUUUUGAUGAAGAUUCCGGAGAUUAUCCUUUGGUCAUGACUGGACCUCAGUGGAAGAAGUUCAGAAUGAACCUUCAAACCAUUAUUAACGAAAUCAUUGAUAAAUGCAAAUCUUCAAUCAUCUUCGAUCAGCGAAUGAUGGAUGUUGUUAUCCAAUUACUAACAGGCUUGGCUGACAGCCAAGUUCGCGCUUUCCGACAUACAGCAACAUUCAUGGCCAUGAAGUUGUCUUCAUCUUUGGUAGACGUAGCUAUGGAGAUCGUGUCAAUCAAAGAUAAGAACGUAAAACAGAUUGAAGCUGAGAAGGCGAAACUGAAAGCCAGUGCGGGCACGAAUGACAAGUUAGAUGUUCUGCUUACAAAGAAGAAUGAGAUUGAAGAACGUAUCGACGAUGUCAGACAGAUGCUUCAGUACAUCUUCAAGAGUGUUUUCGUUCAUAGAUACAGAGAUAUAUUGCCUGACACCCGUGGAAUCUGUAUUUCUGAACUAGGAAACUGGAUGCUGGUCUAUCCAGAUCAUUUCCUUGAAGAUUCUUACCUCAAGUAUAUUGGUUGGACUUUGCAUGACAAGACCCCUGAAGUAAGAUUAAAAUGUGUGAAUGCUUUAUUACCGUUAUACGAAAAUCCUGUUAUGUCUUCGAAAUUGGAGUUGUUCACGAACAAGUUCAAGAAUCGUUUGGUAGCUAUGGUAUCUGACAAAGACUACGAAACUGCAGUUCGAUCAUGUACUUUACUCACAAGCAUAUACAGAGUUUUCCCAUCUGUUCUGCAGUUGAAAGACUGUAUUCCUAUUUAUGAAUUGGUUUAUUCGAAUAACCGAUCAGUAGCAGUUGCCGCUGGGGAAUUCCUUAACACCAAGGUUUUCCAACACAACGUAGACGAUAAGAAAUCAAGUGGACAAGACAAGAAUGCGGCUCUCAUCAAAGAUCUGAUUCAAUUUUUCAUCGAAGGAGAAUGUCAUAGUCAUGCUACUUACUUGGUUGAUGCUUUGAUCGAUACUAACCCGAUCAUCAAAGAUUGGCAGACUCAAGUUGAUUUGCUUCUGGGAGAUGAAAUGGAGAAAAUGGAAAGCCAACUCAUCGAAGUCUUGGUCUGUAGUGUUCGUCAAGCUGCUACUGGAGAAGCUCCCGUAGGUAGAGCCAUUGCAAAGCGUGGAGCUCCAUCUACGAAAGAGAAUAGACAGAUUGUGGAAGACAGAACGAAGCUUAGUGAAGUGCUUAUUCCUGUCCUCGCUCAACUUCUGCAAAAGUUCAUUGCUGACAGAGACAAGGUUGCCUGUCUCAUUUCUAUCCCACUGUAUUUCCAACUGGAAAUGUAUAUGGCGGCUAGAUUGGAAAAUAAUUUGAAUGAACUUAUGGGUGUAAUUGAUAUCAUUGUUGAGAAACAUGCUGAUGAAGAAAUGCUCCUCACUGUUGCUGAAGUCCUCACAUACUUCACCACUAACACUGCUGUGGCUCAGUAUACUGAGACUUAUCGUUUGAAACUUAUUGAUGGUUUGGCUCUACAACUCCGUCAUAUUGUCCAACGCUUCAUGAACGAAGAGAGCUGGGAUGAAGAAGAUGACGCUGCCAUGCUUUCUUCUUUCCGAAGAAUAGCUGCAUUCUCUAGUCACAUCGAUUUGAAGAAGUGGGAUCUGUGGGAUGUUGUUCUCAACUUAGUUACAAAUCACGAAGAAAGAGCCCCGCGUGAUGUCAUCGAUAAAUCAUUUUGGUUCCUUAGCAUGCAGUUAGGGUUUGACUUACACAGACUUGUGAACGAUCAAGACAGUAACAAAAACGAAGCCUUGAAGAGAGUUAAGAAGAGAAGAGAUCAGUUCAUCCAUGUUAUCAACACUAUGAUGAAAGAAGGAGCUGCUGGUGUUGAGAUGGGCUUCCGUUGUCUUUGUGAUUGCUUGUUCCUUUUCAACGAUCAGUUACCCAAAGAUAACCCGUCCUGUGCUUCCCUUGUUAUUCAUCUAGAUAAUGAUUUUAUCAGCAAAAUUCAACAGUUCGUGACGUCCAAUGUUUUCACUGACGCCGGUUUAGAUAUACAAAUGGACCAACAGGAAAGAGUUGAACUUAUGCAAAAGAAACGUGUUAUUCUUGCUCAAUAUUGUAAAAUGAUUCUACAUGGAAUUUUCAAAAUAGAAGAUGCUGCCACUGUUCUUCAAUAUUACUGCUCCAGCUACACUGAUUUCGGUGAUUUGCUUAAACAACUGCUGUACAAAUGUCGCGAUCUCAACUUCCUAGCCUGCUCCAAAGCCGUCACUAAAGUUCUAAUUGACUGUUAUGAGAACAUAAGAUGGGAAAAUAAAACCGUCACCGUAGAUCCGCUAUGUGAUGCAUUCCAAGGUUUAAGAGACCUUGCUAAGCGUUUCUCAGUUGCUUUCGGAAAUGAUCAUGUGAAAAACAGAGAAGCUGUAGCAUCUGUACAUAAAGAUGGUAUUCAAUUUGCUAUGGGAGGAUUUGAUCCUCAGUCAACUGAUAAGGAUAACGUACCUCCUAAUAUGUCAUAUCUAGAGGUUAUAAUAGAAUUUAGUGGAAAAUUAUUGAAACAAGACAAAGCUAGUCUUGUAAAAUACUUGGAGAAGCAAGGAGGUCCUUUAGCAGGCGCUACUAAUCCAGGACGUGAAAAUAUUUGGGAACCUUUCCUGUUGUACAAAAACUCUCUUUCCGAUAACAAGCCUGAUGAUGUAGCCUCGGUGCGCAGUUUUGCGACAGUCGCAAGCUCCCGUGGUAGAUCAGGUAGAGGUAGAGGUAGAGGCAGAGGGGUAACUCCAACUCCCUCCGAUAUGGACUAA